UAUAACUGAACCAAUAGAAUCUCCACGUAGCCCACCUUAUUAUUGCAUAAAAAUAUUAAGAGGACAGACUGUAUUUUGUUCAUUUGGGUAUUUUCUUAUUCAUAGUCUUUUCCCAACGGUACAGGCCUGCAAGAAGGUUUACAGUUGUAUCCUCUUCAUGUGUGGAUCUGUAGGGAGGCAGGAUUAUUUUGUGGGUUGCCUUGGGAUUUGUUGCUUUUGCACUGACUGAUCUAUAAAUACAAGUCCUUAGCUCUCUAAGGUAGUAUAAUCUUACUAUAUUUCAUAAGGUCUAGUGAAUUGAGAUAAGGAUGGCAUUAGAAAACUUGACAGAGGAGCAGAUUGCUGAGUUCAAGGAGGCUUUCAGUCUGUUUGAUAGAGAUGGUGAUGGUUGUAUUACCACUAAGGAGCUUGCAACAGUUAUUAGGUCCUUGGGACAGAAUCCCACAGAAGGAGAAUUGAGAGACAUGAUCAGUGAAGUGGAUGCUGAUGGCAAUGGAACCAUAGAUUUUAGUGAGUUUUUGAAUCUCAUGGCAAGGAAAAUGAAGGAGACAGACACAGAUGAAGAACUGAGAGAAGCAUUCAAAGUGUUUGAUAAGGACCAAAAUGGCUUCAUUUCAGCUUCUGAGUUGAGACAUGUAAUGAUCAACUUGGGAGAAAAAUUGACAGAUGAAGAAGUUGAGCAGAUGAUAAAAGAAGCAGAUGUUGAUGGAGAUGGACAGGUUAACUAUGAGGAGUUUGUGAGAAUGAUGAUGGCAUCUUAAAUUAUGCCCAUCCUUGUUUCCCAUAAAAGGUUUCAUUUAGUUAUUGAUUUAUUAAGUUGUAAAUGUAUCCUCACUCUUUAGUGCUACAAUUUUCAGCAGCCUUUGGAUGGACUUUAGACUUCAUAUAUUUUCUAGGUUCUUCAACAUUCAUCUCCUUUGCAUAUGGAUUUUGUACAGUAGAUUAGGGUUCUUGACUUCAAUAUUUUCUGUUGAAGUCAAGCUCUACAAAUGACUUUUAAGGAAAAAAUCCUUUUGAAAGAAAGAGAGUUGUAAUUGCAUGGAGUAAUGCUAAUAGUUUUUUAAAAGCUUAAUAAAUUCUACAUGUGGAUAUGUGUGUCCCAGUUUUUAUAA